AUGCCCGAGCUGCAGACCGAGGCCCUCCACGAGCCCGCCAGCGGCGAGGAGCCUGCUGUCCCCGUGCACUUUGAAAACUCGACGCGGCGCGGCCAAAAGCUCACCGUGGCCCGCGAUGCCGAAGGCAAGGUCGCCUACCCAGCCUACAUUCCUCCCGAGACCCAGUCGCCCGACGCCAAGUCGCCGAGCCCGCUGACCGCCGGUCCUCCGCUGCCAGACAAGGGUCCCCGGAAGGCGAUCUCCGACCCGGCCAAGCUCGAGACGGAGCUCGACAAGCUGCACAAGGCAGGUCCCACGCCUCGGCCCAAGUACGAGAAGAAGUUUGCCACGGACGCCCCGAGACCCCGGCGCCGGUCCCGCGGCUCGUCGGUCGCGUUUCCCGCUAUCAAGAGGGCGGGCACGAAUGCAUCGCAGCUUCAGCAGGCGCUGUGGACGAAAUACGGCGAGGGUGGUGAUGAUAGUAGCACCUCUUCGUCGUCAUCGUCGUCGUCGUCGUCAGAAGAUGAGGGCGAGGGCGACGCGAAGAAAGGCCCCCCUGCGGGCCAGAAGAAGGAGCGGACCAAGUCUGGCGUGCUGGAAGACAAGUUCUCGAAGUUUAAGGUGGGCAACGAGCACUACCGCACGAAAGGCAAGGUCUCCAAGCGCGAUGGCCGCCUGGCCAUCUCUGUCAAGGAUAUGAGCAACACUGGGUAUCUGGCCAAGGCUCUGGGCGCGGCUGUUAGGAAGGUCGUGCCGCUCAAGGAGGACAGCGAGGCUGAGGCGGUCCAGGGCGGAAAGACGGCCGAUGCCUCCACGAAGCCUUCUACAGAGGUCGAAGACUUGGACACCCGUCCCUGUCCCAGACUGAACAUUGUCAUUAUGGUUAUCGGGUCUCGCGGAGACGCGCAGCCAUUCCUCAAGAUCGGCAAAGUGCUAAAGGAGCAAUAUGGCCACCGUGUGCGGAUCGCUACUCACCCUGCGUUCCGCGAGUUUGUCGAGAAGGACUCUGGACUCGAUUUCUUCUCGGUCGGAGGCGAUCCCUCGGAGCUCAUGGCCUUCAUGGUCAAGAACCCCGGCAUGAUACCGACGCUCGAGACGGUCAAGGCCGGAGACAUUGGGCGGCGACGAGCUGCCAUGGCCGAGAUGUUCGAAGGCUUCUGGAGAGCCUGCGUCAACGCUACAGACGAUGAGAAGGACACGCACAACCUUAAGAUGAUGGGCGAAAAGGACCCCUUCAUCGCUGAUGCCAUCAUCGCGAAUCCCCCCAGUUUCGCGCACAUCCACUGCGCCGAGGCUCUGGGCAUCCCUCUGCACCUGAUGUUCACUUUUCCCUACACGCCUACACAGGCUUUCCCACACCCGCUAGCGAGUAUCAAGAAGUCCAAUGUUGAUCCGGGAUACACCAAUUUCAUCUCAUACCCGCUGGUUGAGAUGAUGGUGUGGCAGGGCUUGGGCGACCUGGUGAACGAGUUUCGCGAGAAGACAUUGGGCCUUGAUCCGGUCUCGACGCUCUGGGCUCCAGGAGCAACUUACAGACUUCAUGUACCAUUCACAUACAUGUGGAGCCCAGGUCUGGUGCCCAAGCCUGAGGAUUGGGGGUCGGAGAUCGACGUCUCUGGCUUCGUUUUCCUCGAUCUAGCGUCAACCUUUGAGCCGCCGAGCGACCUGGAGAAGUUCCUUGCUGCAGGAGAGACACCCAUAUACAUAGGAUUCGGCUCCAUCGUCGUAGAUGACGCCGACCGCUUCACGGAGAUGAUCUUUGAGGCAGUCGAGAUGGCAGGCGUGCGGGCUCUAGUCUCCAAGGGCUGGGGAGGACUGGGCGGAGAGAAUGUCCCGGAAAACAUCUUCAUGCUCGAGAACACGCCUCACGACUGGCUCUUCCCGAAGGUCAAGGCCUGCGUCAUACACGGCGGAGCUGGUACUACCGCCAUUGCUCUGAAGUGCGGCAAACCCACGAUGGUGGUCCCCUUCUUUGGCGACCAGCACUUCUGGGGCAGCAUGAUCAGCAACGCUGGCGCAGGGCCCGAGCCAAUCCCGUACAAGCAGCUGACGGCCGAGACGCUCGCCGAGGGCAUCGAGUACUGUCUCAGUGACGAGGCCAAGGAGGCCGCCGAGGGCAUCGCUCAUGACAUCGAGGAGGAGGGCGAUGGGGCUGAGAAUGCUUGCAAGGCCUUUCACAAGCAUCUCAUGCUUACUGGGAAGAACUCGAUGAGGUGUUCUAUCCUGGAGGACCAUGUAGCCCAUUGGCAUCUAAAGGGCACUCGCCUGCGUCUCAGCGCCAUAGCUGCCGAUGCUAUCGUGGAGAAGGGCCACAUCUCGUGGAAGAAGCUCCGGCUGAUCCGGCAUUGCGAGUGGAACGACUUUGAGGGCCCCGGAGAGCCGGUGACCGGCAUCGCAGGCUCGAUUGCUACCUCUCUAGGCAACGUCUUUGGCGGGAUCGGAGGCGUGCCAUACCGGUUGGCCAAGAGCUCCAACGAGAGAAAGGAGCGCAAGGAGAAGAAGAGGAAGGCCCGCGAGGUCAGGGCCCAGAAGAAAAAAGAGGCGCGAGCGGCUGCUCAGAAGUCAAAAGAUGAGGCAAGAGCCAAACAGAAUGGCCAGCCCUUGCAACCCGCCGUCGCCAACGGGAAACCCCCCGAGGCCAAGGACUUUGCCUCUGCGGACAAGCUGCCAAGGGGCCAGCAGCAGCAGCAGACGACGGAAGGCGCCCUUCAGAACGACGAGGCGGAGACGGCCUCGAUCCACACCACCUCCACCACGGACACGGCCGAGACGGAGGAGGAGAACCCGGCCGAGGAGUUCGUCGCGCACGUGGGCAAGGGCGUGGGCAAGUCGGCGCAGGCCCUGGCGCGGGCGCCCGUGGACCUCUCCCUCGCCGUGGCGCAGGGGUUCCACAACGCGCCGCGGCUCUACGGCGACGACACGGUGCGGCGGCCGCCGCGCGUGACGGGCAUCCGCAGCGGGCUGAAGGCGGCGCGGUACGAGUUCGUGUACGGCGUCUACGACGGCUGGACGGGGCUCGUGCGGCUGCCCGUGCGGGGCGCGCGCGGCGGCGGCGGCGUGCGCGGGUUCGCCAAGGGCGUGGGCAUGGGCGUCACGGGGUUCGUGCUCAAGGACAUCGCGGCGCUGGUCGGGCCCGUCGGGUACACGCUCAAGGGGUGCGCCAAGCAGGUCGGGCGCCGGGGCCGGCAGGGCGCGCGGCACGUGCGCCGGGCGCGCAUCCUGCAGGGCCAGCGGGAGCUGAGGCUCCUGCCGCGGGAGGAGCGCGCGGCCGUCGUGGCCGAGGUGGAGAGGGGGUGGGGGGUCAUGAGGGAGCUCGCGGAGGCGGUCGAGGACGACGGUGCUGGUGCUGGUCCUGGUGCUGGUGCUGGCGCCAGCGGCGGAAGAUCGAUCAUGAGGACGGUGACGAGGGGCCACAGGAAGAGAGGCGUCGGGCAGGCGGUCGAGAGCGUCGGGCUGGCCGAGGAGGCGCUGGCCGCCGUGCGGAGGGGCGAGAGCAUCGACGGCGUCGUGAAGGCGCGGCGGAGCGAGGACGCAGGCGCGAGGAGCAGGAGGUCUGUUGACGCUUCGAGGAAGCACAGCCAGGGCCAGAGCCAGAGCCAGAGCAGUCACGACAUGGGGAGAGACCCGGAUGAUGCGCGCGGGAAGGGCAAGGGGCCUUCUGUCACCGAGCCCAUUGCUGAGCAGGAGGAGGAGGAGCAGCAGGGUGGGAAGGAGGUGAACGGCAAGGCGGCCUAG